ACGUGGGAAAUACGUCAAGUAAGGGCGAAGAGGCAAGGGCACAUGACAUUGACGGAUAAACAGUCUUCCCGCCCGUUUCACCUGCCUCGGCGCGCUUCAAUCCGCAGUGCUCUGUUUUCCUGCCUGUCUAUGACCCCACGCCAGUCUGAGUGGGAAGUGACUAGCUUACCUCUGAAAGCCAAAAUGGCUACUGCCGAAGGUCCGGCUAGGCUGCAUGACCGGAAUGCACGUCGCCGUCCGUUCUCGAGUUGGAUGAAACGCCUGGCGAGCCUCAAGAGCUCAUCUGACACAAGUACAAAUCGAUGGUCUAACAAACGACAUAUGGGUGUAAAGGCCAAGAAGGGCGAUCAAGGCAACAACCCAUACCCUCUCUCUGGAAUCGUCAAUCGUCACACGGGGGCUCAAACACCGACCGACUCAUAUACCGAUUCACAUUAUGUGUUAGAAUCUCGUUCUAGGAGCGACCCAUCUUUGCUUUCUGGCUACGAUCACCCGGCUCCCCUGACGAGCGCAAAAUCGGCCGCGCCAACCAUCUCCACCACCGGUGACGCCGCAUAUUCCAAGGCAGGCACAUUGACAACUGGCACCGAAGGGCUUAGCACGCAUGGAGGAGGGGAGGGUAGCACCUUUUCAUCGCCUGCACCCUCUGUGCGAUCGUUGGCUACUACCUUGACCACAGUGCACUCAGCGGCACCCUCGACCCAAUUGUACAAUGCACAAAAUACCCAUCAUGGACACCACCACGGCGGCUCUACACAGGGCUCCUCGAACCAGCAGGUUCAAUUCUCCCACCAAUUCCCCUCGACCUCCUCACCCGCUACCGCAGUUCCCCCGCACUUAGCGCCCCUGAACCAUGGCAUGACCUACAGCACUGCAAUUGCAAACAAUGCGUUGAACGACAAUGCUUCUCUUCUCACUCUGGCAAGCUCAUCUAAACGUCGCCGCCGCAACUCUCUAGAUACCAAUGCAUCCGUACGCGCGUUGGCUCCGUCUUCCGUUUUCGGUGGUAGCCGCGAGAGUCUGCCGCUGAGUGUGUUGAGUGGAAAUACUACUGAAGCGUCCAACAACUCUGUGUUCAAUGCACCGGGAAUCAUGAGCCGACCAAGUAUUGUCGGACUUGCGAGUGCUGAGCGCAUCAGUGUUUACUCGACUGCCGGAGCCACCCCGCUAGCCAGUACUACCGCGGAGCGGGGUAGCUUGUACGCCACCAAGCAAGCUACUAGUGGUGACGCGGUCAGCAUUCGCAGUGGUAUCCACUCGCAUAGCCGAAAUGAUAGUACUGCUGCCAGUAUCGCUGGGGGUAUCACCAGUCCAUUCACCAUGGCUGGCCGCAUGAGUCGCCGAAGUUCCGGAUGGGGAGAAAUUACUGGCGAUGCAGAUAAUGACGGAAAGCCCGCUCAGAAGGACGAAGAGGAAGCAGGUAUCAAGGAUGACAGUGUCUCUAUCAAGAAAUGA